GUUGCAAAAGCACACUGCAAACUAUACACAGAAUUGGAGUAGGUCAAAUCCAUGCGAAAUUUCAGUUGUUAAGAAGAGAUGAGCAAAAUACUCAUCAAUUUGUGUGUGAAAGCUUGCAACCUUUGGAUCACUGUGAGCUUUCCUACUUGGCAUACAGACCAAGUCAAGGGAAGUUCCAGUAUCGCUAUACAACAUACUCACUGAAGAUAUGGAAGGGAUGGAAGUGCUCAUUGCAAGAGCUGAAUCAGAAGUGCAAAAUCAAAAUGACCAAGGCGCAAUAUUAGUUACUCCCGGUCCUCCCGAGUUCUCAAACAAGAGACUUUUUGAAUAUGUGAUUAGCACAUUCAAUGAUCCUAAAACCAGGUCAAAACCAUUGUUUCCAAUAGAUUUAAUUAGGAGUACAGAAGGUUGGACAGCAUUGCACUGUGCAUGCCUGAUGGAUCGCGAAGAAAUAUUAUUGGAUAUUGUGGAAUGGUUAGUGACAGAUUGUGGGAUAGAUCCAGCAAUAAAAUCAAACAAUGGCACUUCACCAAUCCACUUCGCUAUUUCAAAGGGUCAUUCAAAUGUAGUACAUGAGUUACUCAUGACUCCUUAUAACUUAACGGCAAGCAAAGAUGACUCAACAGGUUAUUAUCCACUCCAUACAGCAGCACACUUAAACCAGGUGGAGUGUGUUAAAGUUCUUGUACGACAUGGAGCAAAUGUCCUACUACUUACUGAGACCCAUCAUCCCACUUCUGCUUUCCAUCUUGCAGCCAGCUCACUAAUUCUGCAUAAAUUGAAUUCCAGUACUGUAGAAAACUUUGAACAUGAAUUUCGAAUAAUGAAAACUAUAAACGUUUUGUUAAAAUAUCUCAAACCUGAAUCAAUAUUGGUGUUUGAUGAUGGAAAAUUUGGAACUAUUUUACAUCUUCUUGCAGGAAUAAAUCAUGAAAAGGGGCUGAAGAAAAUAAUAUGUCCUCCAUUCUUACAUCCAGUCAAUGUUUUAAACACAGACACAGUCACUCCUUUUCAUAUGGCCUUGGAAACCAGAUCAAUGGAGUGUGUUGAUGAGCUGUUAAAUCAUGAGGUGGAUGUUUCCAAGAUUCAUCCAAUACUUAAUCUAUCUCCUAUUCAGAUUCUGUUUCGAAAAGCUAAAACCAUCUUGGAUAUUGAUCUUGGAAUUUUAGAAAAAAUGUUAAAAAGAGAACUUGAUUCUGACAAAAACCAAAAGAGUCGGGAUUUUCUACCUUGGUUAACCAUCAACACUUUAUCAGAAUUUAAUCACACACUGAAAGUCUUAAACCUUUUCCCUGAUGAAAAUAUCAAUGUACAUUUGGCCACAGGAGAAACACUUCUUCACUGGGCUGUUCGAAAUAAUGACCAAUCAGUCAUAGAGAAUUUGCUAGUAAAAGGUGUAGAUCUAAUGGUGGCACAUAAAAGAACUUUAGACCUCCCGCUUCAUUAUGCGAUCAUACAUAGCACAAGUGAGACAUAUUUCAAAGCACUGAGAAAUUAUGGAAUCAGAAAUACUGCCUCGGUCUACUCUUCAUGUGAUGAGAGAAAUAUGCUUAUAUCAUUCUUGGGCUCUCAUUUGGUGGCAUCCUGUAAAGAAAUGAAUCAUGAAUUUUUCUUUGAUUUAAACAAUGUUUUGAAGGAAGGAAUUUACUCUGUCCCUUCAUCUGAAAUAAACGAGCUUCACAAAGUUAUCCACUAUAAUUCCCAAAGUUACAGCCCUGUACUGGGAAAAACUGCGCUUAAUUAUGCAAAUGAAAAUGAUGAUAAAAUCAUUGCUUGGGAAUUAUUGAAGUAUGAAAAAUGUUUCCACCCCAACCGCAACUGCUUUCUAAAAUGUCUGCAAGACAACCUUAGCAUGGUCCCCCUUCUACCAUGGAUGAUUGAGACCUCAAAAGAAUUAUUCCCUGGGGGAAAACAUUACACUUUAUCUGUAUUGUUGGUCAUGUUCAACAUGUUUUGUUCCUACAUUCCAUUUCUUUAUGAUUAUUACUCGGACAUUACUCUUACCUUUGACUACUAUUCAAUUGCUUAUGCUAGUGAUAAUUCAAAUCAAGAACUAUUUGGGACUUGUAAUUCAUCUAUAUUUUCAACAGAUUUGGAUUUUGAGUGCUUGAAGAAAACUUCCUUUAAUGGGUUUAAUUUCUACUUUGAAAUUGCUUAUUUGGUAACGACUGCAACUUUGAUGAUAACAAUUGGUUUUUAUGUGAUAAUCAUAUAUAGUCAUUCAAAGCCUGACUGGUUAGUUAAACUGGAAAAUGAAAUAAAAAAGAAAUGCUUAGUAUUAAACCUUAGCAGACCAUGGACCACUAUAUUAUUAAUGAUGGUAAAGUUACCUUUGGCCUUCCUGGUCAAAUUGUUUUUCCCUAUUCAACACAUGAUCAAUGAAUUCAGAUACAGGCAAGCAAAACAGAGAACCGCUCAUAGGGAUAAAGCUUCAGAAAGUCACAGGACAUGGAAAUGUAUUAAGUCUUUUGAGAAUGGUCUAGAAGGAAGUGUUCAAUUGUACUUACAAAUGUGGCUUCUGAAACCUUUUUUCAAUGACCUUGCAAGAUGGAGAACCUAUGACCUUGUUCAGAGAAGCCUUUUUGGAAUUUUUAGUUUCCUGACAUUUGAUCAAAUCACUGCCUGUUAUAUUGAACGGGCUCUGGGCAAAAUACUUCUCACUAUUCUCUCAAUGUCACUGAGUGGAGCUCUUAUGAAGUCAACAAAGCCUGGCAUAGGUGCUUGUGAAAGUCCUCUUCGAAUCCUACCGAUCCUUUUAAGCAUUCUUGCACAAACAACCGCAAGGAUGUUUGCAAUUCGAAGCCUGAUAAUUCUUGAUACUUUCCUUCAGCUGAAUAAAUAUGCAGUGUUUUUUACUGUUCAUUUUUUGUUUGUUUUCUUCAUUACAAUACUAAGCGAAAUUAAAGAAAAGUACUCGACCUGCAGUGUGUUUUUAGGGAGAAAGCUUGAUUUGCUGAAAAUGCUAAAGUUUUUCUUCAGCCUUUUUUCAUCUUCAAUCAUAAUGGUUCACUUAAAGGAAGAUGAAAUUUCUUUUCUCCCUCACUGCAGUUUCUUCAUUCUUAUACUUUGUGAAAAUCUUGUACUGACCUCACUUCCACUAAUUGAACCAUCUCUUUAUCCAGAGCAUUCAUGCUUCCCAUUUGAGAGUCACAAGAAUGGAAUGUGCUGGGUGAUUGCUCUUUGGAUAAUAGGGGUAGGAUUUCAGAUCCUGCACUAUAAAUGGGCUCACCCCUGGGCUGAGUUAAAUGGUGCCCAUCAAAUAGAGAGUUUGUCCAAGCUUAUUGAUAAUAUCAAGCCAGAUAGAAAAAUACACAAUUGUUGUGAAGGAGGAACUAGUAUUGAAGAAAGUACUAACUCACAAACUGAACUGUAUGAAGUAAAAGUUGACUGUGAGAAUAGUUCUACAAAUAAUUACUCGACUGAUUUAAAUGCUAAAGAAUGCCCUAACUCCUAACAUGGGAAUUGUAACCGUUGAUCUUUAAGAUACAUUCUAAUAAUAUUCAUAAUUGAAAUACCAGGGGUUUAUAUUUUCUUGAAAAUAAUCCACCCCCAUCAAAGACCAAGGGCGCAAAAAGAGCUUUGAAAGUCAACUUCACCUUGCUUGCAUGCCAUGAGUACGUAUACCUUUUGUAUGAUACAAAUUUUAACUGUAAAUAAUGCCACAUCUUCAUCAACCAAAUCAUAUUUUGUUGGAAAUAAAACAUCACAAUUAAUUGUCAGAUAGAUCAUAGUACAACCAUAAUCAUCGAUUUUUUUUCGAGGCAUUCGUAUAUAGUUGAUAUUUCAUAAUAUAUUUUAUUUGUUUUAUAUACCAUGCACUUAAAAUGACGAUUUUUUGUUCGCUAGGUGCAGUCUCUCCAACGAGGAACCAUACAGAAACACUUGGCGGCCAAUUUAUCGUCUUUUAAAUCGCAUAGUACAGGGUGUUCCACGAAACAUGACAAUAGCAAGACGACUUGAAAGUCGUCUUUGACAUUU